AAUCUGACUAUAAUUAUUACGAUCUUGCUGGAGAAGGACCUACAUCAGCCGAUGUACAUUUUCCUCUGUAACUUGUGUAUAAAUGGGUUGUACGGCACUGUGGGGUUUUACCCUAAAUUUUUGUCUGACUUACUCUCUGACACAUAUUUGAUUUCCUACAGUGGAUGUUUGCUUCAGACCUUUGUCAUCUUCUCAUAUGCAUUGUGUGAAUUUACCAAUUUAACAGUGAUGGCAAUUGACAGGUAUGUAGCAAUAUGCAGGCCUUUGCAUUACAGUACUGUAAUGACACCUGUUACUGUAUGCAAGCUGUUGAUUUUUAUUUGGAUGUUUCCAUCCUGCACAAUUCUAUGUUCCAUUAUCCUGAAAACUACUCUCCCCUAUUGUGGGCCAUAUGUCACCACUCUGUAUUGUAAAAUAACCGUUUCAACCUGCAAACAGGAGAAUGUGGGAUUUACAUUCAAUUUAGUAAUAGGAUGUAUAUACUUAUCAAUGGCCACAUUUGUCGUCUACUCCUACGGUAAAUUAAUUUCUGCCUGCAGAAAAUCAAAAGAAAAACAAUCUAAAUUCAUGCAAACUUGUCUUCCCCAUUUAAUAAGCUGCAUGAACUAUCUCUUUUUCUCCUUCCUUGAUGCAUUUAGUGUUAAAAACAUUCCACAGUGGUUUAACAGCUUUACGUCUGUGGCAUUUUUAAUUGUCCCUCCUAUUAUUAAUCCCCUUAUUUAUGGCAUCAAUCUCAAAUUUAUACGCACAAGAAUCUUUAAAUGCAGUAAAGGAGGGUAA